AUGAACAAUUCAGAAACUUCCAGUGUGUCUUCUGAUCUGGCAAUACAGAAUUAUCCAGGCGACAGUUCGUUUAUAAAACCUUCACAACCUCCACAGCUGCUGCUGGGUCUGCCUAAUACUAAUAUCAAAAGAGAUUCCCUUUCCGGGCUUAAACCUCCGCCUCCUCCAUCUCAUAAAGAUCGUUACUCAGUUAUUCUGAACUUAUCCACUUAUUCUGGAAAGGAUUAUAAUGCAGAAUUGAUGACCAUCAACCAAGUCAAAGGAGCAACUGUAAAUAUCGUUCACGCCAAAAGCUCAUCUAAAUUAAUUCCAAAACAGUCACACGACGCAGACUAUUACAAGAUGCCACCUCUGGGGAAGAUUUCAGAUGCAGAUGCUUCAGAUUAUUCUUCCAGCUCGAUUGGUAGCAAAACAAAACUUCCUAGUGUCUCUGCUGAUGCUCAAAACAAAAUGAAACCCGUUUCCACUUAUAAAACUGCCAUUGAGGGGUCCAUCCCUCCAAGAUCUUCAAGACGUCCUAAGUCCGAGGUCAUUCAUGGCACACCCAUUCUGCCGGUUAAAGAAGAUAAUUCCUCCCACAGAUUGUCGUUGUCGGACGAUUUAGAGAAGUUGAUGGAAACAGCUAGUGUUAUCAGUAAAGGUGAAACAAGUGACAGUAAGCAAUUCAUAUUCAAAGAUAUCAAGAAAACAUUCAGUCUUCCUAAAGUCAGACUGGAUAAAAGGAGUUCUAUUACUUCUUCAGAAUUCUCGGACCAUUCUCCUACAAGAGUUGCUGUCAAAAACCAAUAUGGUUCUCAAGAAUCCAACGACUUUCCAAAUUCAACUGCUGCUGCUGCUGCUGCUGCACAUGGACAUGGACAACCAUCAGAUGCAAUGGCAUCGGCAGAACAUCAUCAUUCUCUGGAGUUAUCUAAUAAAUCAUGUCGUCCAAUAGAGGAUCCUCACACAUCUGGAAGUGCAGAUGAUGUCAAUGCCUAUAGCUCUGGUACUAUUACCUAUGACCAACAAACGGCCAUUACGUCAGCUAACCCCAGUCCACUGCAUAAGCGAAUGUCAUCAGUCAAUUCACAAACAUCUUCAAACUUGAGAAUGCCUCCACGGCCUCUGGCAGAAAGCAUUCUUCGUGCCCGAGAAGUAAGUCAUCAGUUUAGUCAGAAAAGUAUUCCAGACAAUGCUUCCGUGGAACAAUCCGAAGAUCAAGAAUACAAAGAAAUUGAUAACGAUGGAUUUGCCAAGAGUAUUAUUGAAAUAGGUGGUGGAAUUGAGUCUUCUAAUGAUUCUAACAAAACCCAAAGUCACGAUGUUAAAAAUGCGAAUGCUAGCACUAACCUUCUGCCUGGUAAGAAAAGACACAGCCAUGUCAAUAGCGUUGAUUAUCCGUCUGACAUUUCCAGAUUUGACGAAGUUGAUUCUGGAGUUUAUGCCAAAUCACAUCGUGGAUAUAUUAUCAAUCCCAGUGAAGACAUUUCAUUGAAUUCGCACGGAAGAUACGAUGAGGACAACAAUGGCAUGGUACCAAUAAUAGGUGCACCACUUAGAGAGAAGCCUGAGGAGGUCACAGACAUCAUCGACAUAGAAGAACUUGAAGCUCAAGCUCACAGUAGCCAAUAUAGAGACGCAUCCUUACACCAGCACCAAAUUUACGACGAUACCAAAGAUCACGGUCACAGAGGAGGAGGAUAUCAUUCUGAUGGAGCCGUUGUGUCAAAGGAUGCUGUUGAAGAAGAUUAUUACGACAUUGGAGAGCCGGUGAUGGUCAGAAAUCAACCUGCUAGAGGUAAAUCAGUACGGGAGAACACACGACGGACCAAGAGAAAGAAGAGCACGAAGCAUAAGAAUAAAAAGGAAUUGAAACCAUUCACUUAUACCACGUUAGUGAGUCUAUUGGAAUCAAUGAAUGGUACUGUGAUUGGAGAAGAGUUUAACCAAUUGAAUUUACCAAUAAGAGAAAAGCAAUGGAUUGAAAAGAUCAUUGAUUCUUUGAGUCGGUUAACAAGUGACAUGGUUAUGGAUGAGAACAAGUUUGAGGCAGGGUUAACUCGAUUAGAAAAGGCACAUAGCGCUUUAGAAGGGUUUUUGUAA